AUGCUCUUGCUGAGCUGGAAUGAGACCGGUGGCAAAGCGAAAGCCAUCCAACAGGCACCUGUGAUGGGGGGCAGAGAUAAAGACCUACCCUCGCAGUGUUGCCGGGCCCUGGCCCCAGAGGACAUCAGCAUGUUCUAUUUGUGGCUUCAAAAUCGCCGCUGCAGCAAGGCUGCAUCGCCUCUCCUGAAGGACUACACAGCGGCAUUUGAUGACCUGACAAAGAUGCAGGCGGAGAUGCGCAACGUGCUGGAGACUUUGGAGGAGAUUGACCUGGAGGUGAUGAAAGGUAACAAGGACCUGUGGAAGGAAGCACGUCCACUGAUGCGUGCCGAAAUGGCUUUGCGUGAAACGCUUUUGCAGUCAGUGCCUUUGCUGCGUCGCGCUCCAGAUGAGGACAGGAAGAAUUUGGAUGUGCACGACAGUCUUCCCGGUUGGAAGUCUUCAGAAGUCAUUGUGUAG